AUGACACACGCUAAGCUUGCAGCUCUUGGGUUUGUACUCCUCUUGAGCUUUGGACUAGCUAGUGCUGCAAGAGUAGCGAGAUAUUCUAGUGCCAAUGGUGGGGGCCUGGGAACAGGAGAGGGGGGAGGAUAUGUGAAUGGUGGGGGAGCUGGGUCUGGAAGUGCGUCUGGAUCUGGUAGUAGUGGUUACUAUGGUGCCCAUGCAAAUGGAGGUGGAGAAGGUAACGGUAGUGGUUAUAGCCAGUAUGGAGGGUCAGGGUCUGGCAGUGGAUAUGGCACAGGCUCUGGCUCUAGCCAGUCUAGUCAAAAUGGAUAUUAUUCUGGUUAUGGAGGAUCAUCUAGUGCUGGUGGUAGCGCUACCGGUGGUGGUGCCGGACAAGCUGGUGGUUCCUGGCCGUCAAGAGGUCAUGGGUCUGGUGGCGCUACAGGUUAUGGCUCUAGCUCGGCUAAUAAUUACUGGGGAGGACAAAAUGCAAAUGCCAAUGCCGGUGGUAGCGGUGUUGGUAACGGUCAAGGCCAAUACGGUGGCAAUGGCCAUGGUGCAAGUUUUGGAUCUGGAUAUGCCGAUGCCAACCCUUAA